CCAUCGCUUUUUGCUCCUCGCCACCCACUGCUCGAACCUGCUCGGAGCCCAGCCCAGUUUAGCAGCCAUGAGCCAUUCCAGCAGCAUCCGCGCCACCUCUUACCGCCGCACUUUCGGGCCGUCGCCCAUGCUGUCGCCCAGGCCCUACUCCUCGUCCCACUUGGCCUCGGCUUCGUCGGCCACGCGGCUGCUGAGCGCACCUUCCGCCGGAGUCUCCCUGCGCUCCUACCGCGGGAGCGGCGGCGGGGGCAGCGCCCUGUUCCUGCGCACCGGCGCGCCGGUGAUGGUGACCGCGCCGCCGCAGCGCUACGCCUACAGCGCCGAGAAGCUGGACUUCUCGGUGGCCGAUGCCCUGAAUCAGGAGUUUCUGGCCACCCGCAGCAACGAGAAGCAGGAGCUGCAGGAGCUCAACGACCGCUUCGCCAGCUUCAUCGAGAAGGUGCGCUACUUGGAGACGCAGAACGCCGCCCUGCUGACCGAGCUGGGCCAGUCCCGGGCCAAGGAGCCCACCCGCGCCUCCGACCUCUUCCAGGACGAGUUCCGCGAGCUGCGCCGGCAGGUGGACUCGCUGGGCAAGGACCGUGACCGCCUGCAAGUCGAGAGGGACAACCUGGCCGAGGACUUGGCCGCCCUCAAGCAGAGGAUGGAUGAGGAAAUGCACAAGCGAGAAGAUGCUGAAAACAACCUGGUUCUCUUUCGCAAGGAUGUGGACGAUGCCACCCUUUCACGCCUGGAACUGGAGCGCAAGAUCGAGUCCCUCAUGGAUGAAAUUGAAUUCCUCAAGAAACUGCACGAGGAGGAGCUGAACGACAUGCAAGUGAGCAUACACAGCCAGCAGCAGGUGCAAGUGGAGGUGGAGCAGGCUAAGCCGGAUCUGACCGCUGCCCUGAGAGAGAUCCGCACUCAGUAUGAAAGCAUCGCGGUCAAGAACCUGCAGGAGGCUGAGGAGUGGUACAAAUCCAAGUUUGCUGACCUGUCAGAUGCAGCCAAUCGGAACCACGAGGCCCUUCGCCAGGCCAAACAGGAGAUGAAUGAAUCUCGCCGUCAGAUCCAGUCCCUGACCUGUGAGGUGGAUGGACUCAAAGGAACAAAUGAAGCCCUGCUGAGACAGAUGCGAGAUCUUGAGGACCAAUAUGGGGCUGAGGUGGGCUCCUACCAAGAGACAGUGGGGCGGCUGGAGCAGGAGAUCCAGCACAUGAAGGAAGAGAUGGCUCGGCACCUUCGGGAGUACCAGGACCUGCUGAAUGUCAAGAUGGCUCUUGACAUUGAAAUUGCCACCUACCGCAAGCUGUUGGAAGGAGAGGAAAAUAGGAUUGCAGUGCCUGUCCAAUCCAUGGCAUCUUUCAGCAUCAGAACUGCAGUUUCAGAGCCGGAUCCAAGUGUAGACAGCCAUACCCGGAAGACGGUGCUGAUCAAAACCAUUGAAACCCAGGAUGGAGAGGUGGUGACCGAAUCAAGGAAGGAGCAGAGAGCCGAGAUAGAGAAGUGAGGCUGGCCACCCCAGCAAGGUCCCCUGGGCCACUGAGAGAGGCACUAAGCUCACCUCUUUGCAAAAGUCCCAGUCGCAGAUCCCCCUCUUCCCUCACUAAGCCACACUGGCCUUAUUUACGAUGGUGAUGCUGAUGAUACCUCUUACCACUGGCAGCCUUCCCACAUUGUUCCGGGCUUCCUGAGCCAGCCCUCUCUGCCCUUUGGACCGUAUUCUGUUCACAACCUGGUGGUAGUCCCAGCAAUAACCACCAAUGGUCUUGGGAGUGGAGAUGGCUUCCCCCUGCUUUUUUCUUCCACCGCCUCCUACCUCUUCGUAUCACAUUCCUUCUCAUCUCCCCCUGCAAAGAGCCCUUCUCCAACCAGUACCCCCAAAACCAAGCUGCCUUCCUGUAAAGUACCACUCACAAAGCCAGCCCACCCUAGGAACCAAUUUGCCAUGUACGUUUAGAUUGAAUCUAAAGGCUGUGGCCUUCCAGCUGUUGUGGAAUUAAAACUCCCAGCCUCCUAAGUCAUACAGAGUGUUGCUGGGACUUGUAGUUUAGCAGCAACUGGAAGGCCCCAGGUUCCCUACCACUGCCAAACACUUAGAUGGCUGCAGGUUGGCAGGCUCUGACAACUUGCAAGGCCCACUAAGCACACCAACCUGGAAGCACCAAAGAAGGCCGGGAGCUUGCUCACAACCUUGUUUUACUGCUCUUGUUGAAUCUAAACAGUUCUAUGUGCUGGCCACAGACACCCCUCGUGGUUUACAAAGAUUCCCAAGAGAAUCAUGAUAGGAACAUGCUUUAUCCAGGUGCGAUAGGCUUGGCUUCCCAAUCAGUUCUCGCUCCUGUGAACUUACUUUGAGAAGGUGCAUCGUUAGCUUCAGGUCAUCGGUACUGGCCAACUUUAUAGGGCUAUUUUAAGGUUGACAAGGUAAUGCAACUAAAGCAUUUUAAAACAUUAAAUGGUAACCAGUGUUAAUUUCCUCAGUUGUCAAGCCCCAAUCUGGCUGUCUCCAGAUGUGCUGACUCCAAUUCUCAUAAUUCCUAAGCAGCACGAUGCUGGCUGGGAUUGUGAGAGUUAAUUAAAUGCAUCAAGGGAGUAUAAUUGGAGAAUAGUACUUCAGCUCUCAAACAAGCUCCCAAAUGAAGUCGUAUAAAACAGCUGAUUCAUUGUCUUUUAUUGUUCCAAGCCAAUUUUAUAAGGGAAUCUUUAAAAAAAAAUCUCCAAAAUAAGCCUUUUUGACAGUUAGUGCGUUGUUUCCCAAUACUGAAGGGUGCUAGUGGUAAUUUUAAGAAACUGAUCCAGUAGCUGUUUACACAGGAGCUUCAAGCCUUUCUUAACUGUUUGACGUCUUUCCAUUCAAAUAUGAUGUUUACUUCACUUUUUAAAAUGGUGUCAACUUUGCCUUCUAAGACAGGGGUCUCCAACCUUGGCAACUUUAAUAAUAAUAAUAAUAAUAAUAAUAAUAAUAAUAAUAAUAAUAAUAAUAAUAAUAAUAAUAAUAAUAAUAAUAAUAACAAUAACAACAACAACAACAACAACAACAACAAUAAUAAUUUAAUUUGUAUACCGCCCUUCUCCCGAAAGACUCAGGGCGGUUUACAGCCACAAUAAAAUACAAAAAACAACACAUACAAUGCUAAAAACAAACAUUAAAAAACUUAUUCAAUUGGCCCCAUUUAAAAUACAAUAUCAGUAAAAUUAAUAAAAAUUUAAACCCAUAAAAAUCAAUUAAAAAUUUUAAAAAUUCAAGCCAGUCCAGCAAGACGAAAUAAAUAAGUUUUAAGUUCACGGCGAAAGGUCCGAAGGUCUGGUAGUUGUCGAAGUCCAGGGGGAAGUUCGUUCCACAGAGUAGGAGCCCCCACCGAGAAGGCCCUUCCCCUGGGGGCCGCCAAUCGACAUUGCUGGGCUGACGGCACCCUAAGGAGUCCCUCUUUGUGAGAACGCACCGGUCGCUGGGAGAUAGAAGAUGGCAGCAAAGAUGGCAGCAAAGAUGGCAGCAAAGAUGGCUGGGGGAUUCUGGGAGUUGAAGUCCGCCAGGCUUAAAGAUGCCAAGUUUGGAGACCCCUGUUCUAAGACAUAAGUGAAGCUAGAAAGCUAUCUUAACACUUGAAAUUGUGAGUCACGAGGAAGAGAACAUUUUCCUGUUCAGCUCUUUAAUGCUCCUCUGUCCAAUAAGCAACAUUUUUCUGCUCCCUUUCUGGGAGAAAGGACCAGGACAGGUUGAGAUCACCAUGGAAUUCCCCUUCAUCUGCACGGCAUAUAAUUAAGGGUUGUGCAGACAAAGAAAGCAGAUGAGCAGCUCUAGAAAUCUGAAAAACAUCAAACAAUUGCCUUUAAUUCACAAGGUCAAACAAACUGCAGAACAAAAAAAAAGCAAAUAAAUAAAUAAAUAAAUAAAUGCCUACUUCCAGUGGUGCUGACUCAUGGCCUUAAUAAGCAGGGAUCUCAUCAUGUGUGAAAGGCAUCCAAGGCUCCUGUUAAGCAGAAGUGGUCACCAAGAACUCAAUGCAGCUCCUGAAUCCCUUGUCUGUGGUCUUGAGAACCCCAGGGACUGUGUAAAUGCAAUCUCAGUUGGAUUCCAAAUGGCCAAAAUGGGAGUGGUAGAUCUUCCAUUUGAUUUAAUAUAACCGCAAAUGGCAAAACACCUUAAAAGGCUAUAGUCCUAUUUUACCUUCUGACCCUAUUGUCAUAGGAUCAGAAAAAAAGACUAGACGGUCUCUUCUUACAAAGAGACUGGACAGUCACUUUUCUGAAAUAGCAUAGGAUCUCCUGUUUGAUCAAGGGGCUGGACUAGAAGACCUCUAAGGUCCCUUCCAGCUCUAUUCCGAUUCUGAUCACAUCAUAUCCUUGUCUAUUUACUGCUCUCAGAAUACUGCCUGUCUUUCCUUCAUGGCAUCUGUGGCUUCUCGUAAGACAGGAGGUCUCGACCUUUUCUAUACCCCCGCGCCCUUAGAAUGCUUCUGAUAUAUUCUUGCACCCCUUACAAAAAUAAACAAUUAUAUGCACAUAAUUAUGCAGAUGCACUAUAAUUUUGAAAGUUCUAAACCCAAAUUUUCGCACCCCCUGGGAUCUCGUCUCGCACCCCCGGUUGGGAACCCUUGUCAUAAGAGAUAGCAUCAACCACUUCUUGCCAGUCUGUCCAUUUUUAAUCAGAUCCAUCUUUCUUUUCUCAAAUCGGGAUCUUCUUUCACACGUUGUCUUUUCUUUCCAACAAUCUGAGGGCUUGUCUUCUCUUUCCUCUUAUCCUGCCCUGAUAUUCCAGAUGUCAUCUUUUCCGAUAAAGAGUAUGGUAACCGUUGCAUUUCUGCUACCAACUCCAUUCUUUUCAUCCCUGAAGAUAGGCCAGGGCAGGAAGCAGAGCCCAUCAAGACUAAAGGAACUGUUAAAGCUAUAUUAGCAGAUUCUUGAAAGACUGACAGAUUUUUCUCUCUCUGCUUCUCUUGUACCAAAGAGAAUCUACAUGGACCUGGGGUUUUUUCUCCCCUAACCCCCCUCAUCUUUCAUCUUUAAAUAAAAAAGUCAACUGUUCUUUUUUAAGUUUUAUUUUCAUAUUUCUAUAUGUUCUCUACCUUACUGGAAGAAAAAAAGCUACUAUGGAGGCUUUCUACCUUAAACUUGGGAGUCAUCUUGAUAAGCAAGGAGUCUUUGUCUUCUCAUUUCUCCAGAUUUAUUCCAGAAAGAAGAUAACUUCAGGGAAAUGCUUCUCUGUGGACGUUUGGUUCAUCCCUCCAGUUCUCUCAGACCAAGACCAGCCAACUUUUUAAUAGGUGGGGCUGAUACUUAUUUUUAUUUUAACUAAGGGACACAGAAUGGAGGGCUAUUAUAGAAUAGAGGAAGCUAAUUUUUGAAGGUGUUCUUUUGGCUCGAAGUGCCAUCUUUGCUUGGUUUGAAUUGCUACGGUACGAAAUCACACGGUGCAAGGGAGUCAUAAAAUGGUACUUGAGCUCCUUACAAUCUACACAGGGACCAUAGGAUGAUGGAAUGAUUAUACUUGUCCUUGGAGGUAGGAAUUUCUGAAGCAGAAAGUCUCACUUAACCUCGAUGACUUUUUCAGUAAGUUAGCAGCUGAAGUAGUCUCUAUGAUUAUGCUUUCUCCCCUCCCCCAUCACUGUUAUUUAUUCUUGAUUUCUUAAACCUCAUUAAUGGUCCAGUAGGGAUGUUAAUUCUUUCCUUGAAAAGCAGUAAAUGUAGAGCUACGGAAAUUCUUGAAAUCUGGCUCUAAUAGAAGUUACUUUAAUAUCAGCUUUAACUGCUUGGUUGAGGUUAGGUAACCUCUGCCACAUAGAAGCAUUUCGGAUCAUGAUUACUUACAGUUGGACAGCCCAGUUUCCCACCAUUCUGAUAUAUGAAAAGACCAGGAAAAUUAUCAGAAUAGGCAUAUUGAAGAGAGAAAAAAAAAUCCUCCCCCUCAAUUUCCCAUCAUGCAAAGGAGCAUUGAGUGCUGCCCCUUGGUGGCCAAAGGGGUAAUUCACUUCUGAUAAAAAACUGUAACUUAUCUGAUUCAAGACAGAUUUGAAACUCAGAGCUGAGUUGCACUGUCAGUUUUUAAGCUAUUUCCACUUUUAUCUAUUGUGCUUGUUUGUGGUCCAUGUGCCUUGGUCUAUGUGUAGCUCUAUACUCUGGGUAAAGAACUCUUUACACCUGGUUGCAGGCGCCAGUUUGCAUGUCAAUAUCUUGACUGGUUAUUCCAGAUUACUUCAGACCAGAUCCCAAUCCACAUCUCCUCCUCUAUUUUCCCUUUCAACCAGAGCCAAAAGGUGACUGGUAUACUAGAUCAGCUGCGGAUCCUUUCCCUGUUGCUUGUUGGGUUCUUUUGUUUUGCUGCUUCCUUUGGUGUCUUGAUAUCUUUGGAGUUGCCAGAUUUCCUUACAGAUUACUUCUCAUGAAUAUACUGGUUUCUUAAAAUAUUGCUAAAGCAACUGGGACCUGGCCCUCUUAAGGAGGGGGACAAGUAGAAGGUCAGAGAGCAGGGGAACACUUGCCUGGAAUCUCUUCUCUACUAACUUUUUGAAGUUAGUAGUGAGUUCUCAGUACUUAUGAACACAAUGAAAGCAGAAUAUACUAUGUUAAAUGGAAGUCAAUACGGUACAGUAAGGUUUUCAAAUAUAAUAUAGGGACACUCAUAAUGCUUUCUCACCUCAUAAAUCAUACAUCCGAAUCCGCACAGUAAUUCUUACAAAAAUUAAUAUGAAAGAUGAUUUGCAAAAGGACUUGGAGCUUGUUAGAGAGAGUGCUGUGUAGCAGACCAAGUAUCAAAGGCUUAAAUGGGGACAUCACAUCAGUAACGUAAAAUGGCCCAGAAGAGACAUUAUGAGGAAAUCCAUUUCCACUUAGUUUCUUCUAUGAACUUGAACAUAGAAGUUCAUCUGAAGAAAGAGAUGCUUGUAGUUUUCAAUUGAGGUUCCUUAACCUGUGGGUCAUACAUACUAUGAGUGACAUUAGCCCAAAGGAUGUUUGUUAAUGCAUUUAAGGUUAUAGCUUUCCUAUUAAUUUCACCAUGACUGAGGCAUCAAAUGGAUGGUGAUAGCUCCAUCUUCACCUAAUUCUUAAGUAGGAUUAUUUCCUCUGCUUUUAUUUGCAUUAUUCCCAUGAUAGUCUAUGCAGGAGCUAAAGAAUGCAGGACAGCUACUUGGAAGACUGAUAUCUUGAUUUCCAGGAAGUAUCUGCUCUUGACUUAGAAUGAAUUUACAGAAUCAAUCUCUAUUUGGGAUUUAGAUAAUCAAUACCACUUAGGGUUGCUAACUUCUAUUGAUCUUCAGUGGGUGCUUCUUACUAUUGUUUAAUAUGCUGCAGAACGCGUAACUGGCAGCAGCUAUGUCUUAGAGUCAGCCAAUCAUAUUGAAACAGACAACCUUAAUUUAAUUGCAAAAAAUACUGAGGUAGGUUAUUCACAAUUGAAAGGGGAAGCAGCUGGGAACUAAGCAUCUUUAUUCCUGAAAAGAAUGUCCAAUUGAGCCCCAAAACUGUACAUUUAUUUAUUUAUUUAUUUAUUUAUUUAUUUAAUCAUAUUUAUAUACCGCCCUAUCUCCCAAAGGACUCAGGGCGGUUUACAGGCACUUAAAAACACAUAAAUACAGUAUAAAAACAAUUAAAAAACUUAUUCAAAAAGCCCGUUAAUUAAAACAUACAAAUAAAACCCAAUUAAAACCCAUAAAUUUAAAAUCUAGCUCAGUCCUGCACAAUUAAAUAAGUGUGUUUUAAGCCCGCGGCGGAAGGUCCGAAGGUCCAGAAGCUGACGGAGUCCGGGGGGGUAGUUCGUUCCAAAGGGUGGAAGCCCCCACAGAGAAGGCCCUUCCCCUGGGCGUCGCCAGACAUAUGGAAAUAAGAUCAUAGCUUUUAUCCUCAGUUCAGUAAUUCCAAUUUUAAUACCUCUUUAGUGUCUCAUUUUGUUUGCAUUGCUUUGGAAACUUUUUCUGGCACAAUAAUCUCAUUAUUAUUUAUAAUUUGAUUAGAAUAUUGUGAUAGUACUUUAAACCAUUUUACUUCAUGGCUGUCCUGUCCUUUCUAUCAUCCAAAAUCAUGGGUAAUCCUCUUAUAAACAUCUAUACUAUUGUUGGUAAUUAUAUGUGUUUUCAUACAUCUUGCUCCUCCUCAUUUUUGAGCUACAGGCAAUAAAGUAUGUAGCUUUGUAAAAAACUUAACAGAAGCUCAACAAGUCUUCAAAAUAUUUGCCCAGUAAUAGUUGAGAACCUCUGUGCUAUCAAGAUAGCUUUUCCUGUCUUCUUCUGUAUUACUCCAAAGGCUUUUAUUUCCAGUCUUUAAGAUCUUUUGUAACUUUUCUCUCUCUCAGAAGGACAGAGAAAUUUUGUAAUUUCUCUGUCUUUCUGUUGUUAAAAUCAGAAAUUGAACUGGCACCCUAUUAUGGUAUUAUUCAAGUUUACUUGUACAAAUUGAAGGAAACUUUUUCAAGGUUGUUUCCCUGAUCCCAUUUUGCAACAAGUUCAGUAAUACCUUGCUUCAAAUACCUGCUGCACACCUUCAGGAUCAGUAAUUUCUAGCUGACUUAAAGCACAGACGUCUCUGGUCAUAGACUUGCCAACUGCCAAAUCCAAUUUAACGAUUCUGUGGGAAAACUGCCUUUCUGGCUAUUUUAUCUUUUUACCUAUAUUUCUCCUUCCCUGUUGAGGAACAGUUUUAAAGUCUUAGUAGCUACAGUACUCUAAAGCAGGAAGUUGAUGACACAGGAAGUACACAAUGUCAUGCUAUCUAAUGCAGGGGUCUCCAUCCUUGGCAACUUUAAGACGUGUGGAUUUCAACUCCCAGCUUUGCUGGCUGAGGAACUCUGGGAGUUGAAGUCCACAUGUCUUAAAGUUGCCAAGGUUGGAGACCCCUGAUCUAAUGGACCUUCCCACCACAACUCUGGAUCAUCAGCCUAUAUCCAGGCAGACCCUCACUUUAAUUUCAUCCUUCCAGCUUUUGCUUUUUAUAGCAAGAUAGUUUAGCAUUUUAUUUUUUGUGAGUGUGUAAUUGAAAGAACUUUAUUAGAUAUUAUCUACACAAAAUUAAAUUUUAGACCAUUACUGAAGUUGGCUUUCAUUGUAAAAUACAAGAAAUUUUCCCCAUGGGGACCACAGCAUUUCCCCCUUUUCCUAGCCAAACCAAUCCUACAAAUUAACUAAGAAAAUAAAGCAUCUUUUGAUAGUAAGCAAGGCGGCUUAAAACAUUGAGAAAACAACAGCAUUGUUUCCUUGCACAGAUGCGUAAAUCUUACCAGCUUUACGCUUGAAAGUGGCUAUUCCAUGACUCAGAAUGGGUUCCAAGCUUGAGAUUUCUGGCAAGGUAGGAAUGGCAUUGAAACAGCUUCAACACACUUUGAUGUUGCCAUGUUUUACACAGCUUUACUACUUCUUGGCCUCCCAGUGUGCAUUUCCUUGUAGAGAGCAGCAUACAAUACUCAUUUCUGUACAGGGUGGAAGGGCCCAAAUAAUAUUUCCUGUGAUCAGUUCCUUAUAAAUGGCCCUGGCACGUUACAGAACUCGUUUGGAUUCUGAUACUUUGCACCUUCUCCCCUUUAUCCCAAAAAUAAAUGAUAGGUUGUUGAAAAACUUUGGGCUUAUCCUUUAUGGGCUUUGGUACUGAUUUCCUGCUUUUCGUUAGCUGUCGAUUUCCGUGUUCCUGGCAGAGCUAGUAGAGAUUCCUGGUGCUAACUCUUCCCAUGCCAAUGGAUCUCUGCACUGCUCCUGCUAUGCUAUGCUAUGCUAAUCUUGUCAAUCCCAGUUCCUGCUUUUGGAUAUCUACAUCAACUGGCUCUCCAGAACACCUUUCCUUGCAAUUAGGCUUGCUUUAUUAAAUAUCUAGCUUGGGGAAAGAUGAUGUAGUUUGCCCAGGUAACAACUCAACCCAUUACAGUACAUAUUCUGGUGAAGAAGCAGGAGACAUGGAGAAGCAGAAGACAUGGAGGGGUGGCAGUCAUUCUGUUCCUGGUGCUUCCUGAUCUCUCCUGAAUAAUGUUGGUUUUGUGAUGCCCAUGGUCAGUGUGUGGAAUAGGCCACGUAUGCUUUGAACCAGCCAAUAAAUUUAAU